AUGGAGAGAAGUGCACCUAAGCUGUUGUUUUGUGCGGGUGGGAUCUAUGCCAGCUUCCUAACGUGGGCCCUUGUCCAGGAACCAUUGAAUACGAGGGUAUGGCCCAACAGCGGAUCUCAGUUCCAGGCUCCUGGGGUUAUAGCGGCGAUUCAGGCAGUCUUUGCGAUGUUAGUCGGAAUGGCUUAUAUACGAUGGAAAGGUUCCAAUUACAAGCCAAGCGCAUUUAUUCAGGAUUAUAAGAAGGAACUGGCUUUAAUCUCGUUCACACAGAGUACUUCUACACCAUUGGCGACCUUUUCACUGCAGUACGUGGAUUACCUCACGUACAUGCUAGCGAAAUCUUGCAAAUUGAUCCCGGUGCUCUCUGUACAUUUGCUGCUUUACAGGACCCCAAUAUCCCGAACCAAAAAACUUGUGGCGCUCCUGGUGAGUGCUGGUGUGGCUAUUUUUACAAUUGGUGGAUCUAAAGGCAAGAGUAUACAGAAUGAUACACCUCUUUCGAUCACUGGGUUUGGCUUUUUGGCUCUCAGUCUUUUCCUAGACGGUAUGACCAACGCUACACAGGAUGAAUUGCUUAGGAAGAAUAGAGAAAGACAAAAGAUAGAGAAGGAAAAUGCGAUUACUGGCGCCCAUCUAAUGUUCGCACUUAAUCUUUUCAUCAUAUCAUACAACCUUGUAUAUUUGGGAUUAAUUGACAGAUCCCAAGUGCUUCAAACAAAGUCGUUGGUAGCCUCAGACCCGGAGAUACUUCGUUAUCUCAUCAUCUAUGCUUUUUGUGGGGCCGUGGGUCAAUGCUUUAUUUUCUUUACUUUAGAAGAGUAUGGAUCUUUGGUACUUGUACUAAUAACUGUCACUAGAAAAAUGAUCUCGAUGUUACUGAGUAUAGUAGUGUUUGGGAAAAAGGUCAAUACCGUGCAAUGGCUAGGGAUAUUGGCCGUUUUUGGCGGUAUUUCGUGGGAAGCCCUUGCCAAGAGGAGCAAACCCCAAAAACCCAAGUCUCAAUAG